UACGUAAARCAGACCAAGAAAGAAGACCCAGUGGAUGAAACAGUUUUGAUUGUCUUGACUUAUGUCGGGUUUUCAAUAUCAAUUGUGUCUUURGUGUUUGUUCUGGUCACUUAUUCGUUGUUUCCAAAACUGAGAACAAUUCCUGGAAUUAACUUAAUGAACCUAUCUUGUGGUCUUCUUGUGGCGCAUUUGGUUUGGMUGACAGGAUCUGGACUGACAACCAAUGGAAYAGUUUGUACAGCCAUCGCUAUCAUACUUCAUUACAGUUUUCUUGUCUCAUUUGYCUGGAUGUCAAUCAUCGCCUUUGACACUUGGAGAGCGUUUUCCAGGAAUUCCUACCAUCUACCAAAGAGUGGUGGAAGGGGAAAACGCAUUGCCGUCACCAUGACAAUAGGUUGGAUUCCAUUGGUCCUUUUUGUGUCAGCUUGCGUUGCUCUCGACCAAUCAAAUGCUGUUACUAUUGGAUACGGUGGUCUCAAAGGCUGCUGGAUCAACAACUCGUGGGCUAAUCUCUUCGUCUUUGCUUUGCCUGUUGGUGUCUCUUUAGUUUGGAAUGCAGUGUUCUUCAGUUUAUUCCUCACAGCUUUCCAAAGGACAAGACAACAAUCUGCAAUGAUAGGAAGACAACACCAAGCACGUAGAGACACGGCUAUCUUUGCAAGAAUAGCUGCACUGAUGGGCUUCACCUGGGUGUUUGGGUUCAUAGCACCUGUGACCACGCCCUACUUGAUGUACCCCUUCGUGAUCCUAAACACCCUUCAGGGUCUGUACAUUGCUGUGGCUUUCGGGUUAACGCGAAGAGUGAGGUCACUAUAUAAAGCAAGUAUUGUACGUUCGCAAUGUUCACCCAGACAAGAACAUUCUGCUCGGACUUUUGAUACGGCUUUGUAAAACAAAUGCGGAGACGAUCAAGAAGUUGGAACAAUGAUGUUGUAGUUUGUCUUCAACAAAACAAACUACGCGUGGUUAA